AUGUGUUUCCCUCCUCUUACAUUUUCUCAACAUUUUCAAACUUAUUUCUUUAACAUUUUCAAAAUUCUAUUUGAUAAUACUGAGUUUGUUAAUAUCAGCAUGAAGCUAGGAAGCAUUCUCCUACUUGUGGUUGCUUUGAUUGCUCUCUUCAACCUUAGCUAUGGUCAAGAACCCAAUAUUAAAUAUUGCCCUAAAGUUCUUACAGGAUUGAGUGGUGAUUGUCUACAUGCUCAACGUGACUGCAAUGCUGAAUUCAAUGCAAGGUUUCGAGGUGCUCAGUCUCGUCGUUGCAGAUGUGACACUACUGUUAAUACACACACAUGCUCAUGUUGUAUAGUUUGUGGAUUAAUGAAACAUCAGAAAAAUGAGCUUUUUGUAAGCCAAGAUGAUGAUACUCAAUGCUUAUAA